UCUUUUUCAGCUGUUCAGGGUGGUGACUGGGGAGUGAAUUAUCCUCUACAAGAGAUGUGUGCUUUGAGAGGAUCCUCUGUGGUCAUACCCUGUACAUAUGAUUAUCCUGAACUGUUUCAUGGCACAGUUUUAACUGUAGUAACUGUGAUGUGGUUCAGGACUUCUAUUCCUGAUGUUGCUGAUCCAGGCACAUAUGUGUAUCACAGCAGUGGAAUCAAUGUGAGUCCUGAAUGUGAACACCGGACAGAGUAUCUAGGGAACAAAGUCAAGAACUGCACGCUAAAGAUAAGUGCUCUGCAAAGCAGUGACAGAGACAGAUAUUAUUUUAGAUUUGAAACAAACAGCCCUUCUGGUAAAUGGACUGGUAGAACUGGUGUGUCACUUUCAAUAACCGAGCUAAAGGUUACCCUGGACCCUCCUGUUCUAUAUAAUAAUGUGAGAGAAGGAUCUUUUGUUUCCCUGUCCUGUGGCUUUGACCGCUGCAACCCGCGUGAGAGCAGCUUUGUCUGGUACAGGGAGGGGCAGCCAAUCAGGAACGAGAAAUCAAACAAACUUCAGUUUAAUGUUUCUUAUGAGCGUUCUGGGAAGUACUGCUGUGCUGCUGCUGAGAACAGCAGCAUUAAAUCUGAAGAAUUCGACUUGAUUGUGAAAUACUCCCCAAAGAACACCUCGAUCUCAGUCAGGGCUCCUGGUGGAAUAGUGGAGGGGAGCACAGUGACGCUGACCUGCAGCAGCACAGCAAACCCACCAGCCAGCAGCUACACCUGGUUCAAGGGGAAUCAAAUCAAUGUCGUGAACUCAGGCAGUGAACAGAAUCUCAUCUUUGCAAACAUCAGCCUUGCUGACAGUGGAGAGUAUUACUGUAAAUCAAGCAAUGAGAUUGGAAGACAAAAAUCUCCGCCAAUGCAAAUACAUGUAAAAUACUCCCCAAAGAACACCUCGAUCUCAGUCAGGGCUCCUGGUGGAAUAGUGGAGGGGAGCACAGUGACGCUGACCUGCAGCAGCACAGCAAACCCACCAGCCAGCAGCUACACCUGGUUCAAGGGGAAUCAAAUCAAUGUCGUGAACUCAGGCAGUGAACAGAAUCUCAUCUUUGCAAACAUCAGCCUUGCUGACAGUGGAGAGUAUUACUGUAAAUCAAGCAAUGAGAUUGGAAGACAAAUAUCUCCGCCAAUGCAAAUACAUGUAAAAUACUCCCCAAAGAACACCUCGAUCUCAGUCAGGGCUCCUGGUGGAAUAGUGGAGGGGAGCACAGUGACGCUGACCUGCAGCAGCACAGCAAACCCACCAGCCAGCAGCUACACCUGGUUCAAGGGGAAUCAAAUCAAUGUCGUGAACUCAGGCAGUGAACAGAAUCUCAUCUUUGCAAACAUCAGCCUUGCUGACAGUGGAGAGUAUUACUGUGAAUCAAGCAAUGAGAUUGGAAGACAAAAAUCUCCGCCAAUGCAAAUACAUGUAAAAUGUAAGUGCUGUCUGUUUGCCUGAACACUGUCCCCUA